CAAGAAUUCGCAUAUGCCGCAGCAGUCUGAUAGUGCAAAGCCCGCCAAAUCAUUCUCCUGCCUAUUUUUUGACCCUGUCCUUCUUAUCAUCAAUAUAUAAUUAGAAUGCUUUUCAUACUUGACAACAAAGGUGUAUCCGAGCGUUGCCAUAUAGACCCAAACAGCUUUACAUUUUAUCGAUUAAAUUCUAGUAAACGCGGAUGUUGAUUAGUCGACCUGUACCAUCCUAGUGGUUUUAUGGAUAAGUUGUUUAUAACGUUCAUCUAGUUUGAAUUAAAGUUUAUUAAAAAAAAAACAAAUUAAAAAUGUCCAAUCAGGAAAAUAAAAGAAAUUUUAAUCAACAUUCGUCCUCCAUUUACGGAAGAGUCCCGACUGUUGGACCUGAUAAAACGAAGGUAACAUUUUGCACGGAUAUGGACAAAUCUGUGAUUGUAUACAAUUUUGAGAAGCGAGGCUGGGCUCAAGUGACACCUGAAGACGAUUGGAAUUUCUAUUGGGCUGUCACGCAAUCAUGCAGAAACAUUUUUAGUAUCGAGACCGGUUAUCGUAUGGGUGAUAAUCAAACAAUCAAUCAUUUUCCCAACCAUUAUGAACUGACAAGAAAAGAUUUACUAGUUAAAAAUAUCAAGCGUUAUCGCAAAGAUUUAGAGAGAGAAGGAAAUCCAUUGGCUGAACGAGGAGAAGGGCCUGGAAAAUAUCUUCACUUGGAUUUUAUUCCAGUGACAUUUGUUUUACCUGCUGAUUACAAUAUGUUCGUGGAAGAAUAUAGAAAAUCGCCACAAAGCACGUGGAUUAUGAAACCUUGUGGCAAGUCGCAAGGUGCUGGCAUUUUUCUUAUCAAUAAAUUGAGCAAACUGAAAAAAUGGUCGAGAGAAGCGCGCAACCCCUUCAAUCCCAAUCUUACCAAAGAGUCUUACGUUAUAUCAAGGUACAUAGACAAUCCACUGCUGAUAGGUGGGAAAAAAUUUGAUUUACGUCUGUACGUGCUCAUUACGUCGUUUAGACCUCUGAAGGCAUACCUGUUCAAACUGGGCUUUUGCCGAUUUUGCACCGUGAAAUACGAUACUAGCAUCCAGGAACUUGACAAUAUGUACGUACACUUGACCAAUGUUUCAGUGCAGAAACACGGAGAAGAAUACAACAGCCUGCACGGCGGCAAAUUGAGCGUUCAAAAUCUGCGGCUGUAUUUGGAGAGCACGCGAGGCAAAGCGGUGACCGAGAAGCUCUUUGCCAACAUAUCCUGGUGUAUUGUGCACUCGCUAAAGGCUGUCGCGCCGGUAAUGGCCAACGACCGGCACUGUUUCGAGUGCUACGGCUACGACAUCAUCAUCGACAACAAGCUCAAGCCUUGGUUGAUCGAGGUGAAUGCCUCACCGUCCCUCACCUCGACCACUGUCAACGACCGCAUCCUCAAGUAUAAGCUUAUCGAUAAUAUUGUCUCGCUUGUACUUCCAUCCGAUGGCGUGCCCGAUGUUCGAUGGAACAAAUGCCCAAGUCAAGAAGCUAUGGGCAACUUUGAAUUGCUGAUUGACGAGGAGCUGGCCUACCAAGAUGAAAGAGAAAAUCCAACCAAGUAUAAAAGUUCCCAUGGUAAAUGGAAAUAAUAACUGUGAUACUUAUACAAAGAUUAUAAACGUAUUCAUUUUAAAAGUGUCCUAUAUGACAAUGUAUGACUGCCCAUAGUUAAAUAAUUGUUUAUACUAGUCUUUUUUUUACAAUUUUAUAGGGAAAUUAAUUAAAUUGUAAAAAACUUGUUAACUAAAAUUUUAAGUUUAUUCAAGAAUUACUACUUGAUUAACCAUUUGCAUUUUAUCCAUCAAGUCUCAAGAGGCCGUUUUUUCGCCACUUCCGGACACUCUAUUUUCAAUGAAAAUGGAAUCUUUACAACUAUUUUCAACGUAAAAUUUGAUGAUAUUUUCAAAUAUGACCUUAGAUUAUCGAAACAAUGAGUAGA